CCUCACUAGGCGUGUGGAUGAAGGAUUUAGUGAGGCUCAUGUUCUUGCAGAAGUAAUCUUGUUACCUGAUAAAAUCUGUUGCUUUGGGCGGAUAUGAGUAGCCAUGGGAACAGGGGUAGUUGACUGAACUUUCAAAUGCGGUCAUGUAUAAAACCAAGUCUUGGUUGUUGUGACAUCAGGUUGGUCUAUAAUGUUCUUUAUCAUAACUUCCAAAAGCUAUGGGAAACAAAUGUUCAGGAGGAUUUCCCACACAAUGCUCACCAUAGAGAAUGUCAAUUUAUGUAAGUAAUUAUACAUUAAAACAUGGAGAUGUUGGACAUGUAUUGUUGGAGGAAUGAAGGAAAUGCGGCCACAUAUGCACCUUGAUCCAUUUGAAGAAAUUAAAAUGGCUGAGGAAAGUGCAGAUAAGCAUCAAAGAAGCGGAAGCGAAAAAGAAUAUUCUCCUAUACUUUCGAAAAAGUUGGAUCAGUGUAGAGCGGUGUAUGCAUGUUUAAAUCUCUUUUGGGUGGAUUAUCGGGAUGGAGAAAGGGUUCUCCUUUUCCUUAAACGUGUUAAAAAAAUCGCAAAUGUUGCACAACAAAUGGCAAAUGUUGCACAUGGUAGCAGUAGCCCUGUUACUCUCUUUUUUGAAAUACUCAAGAAAAAAAUCACUGUGCAAUUUGCUACGGAAAAAUCGAUAUGGAGUUUGCUAAGCAAAGACCGCUAUGGAAUUUGCUACGGAAGCAUUGUUACGGAAUUAGUUACGGAAAAAUUGCUAUGA